GCAUAAUAUUAAUGAAUAUUUGUUUAGGAGAUAUUUUCUUGUCUUUAAAACGCUUAAUAAAAGACUGUAUAACGAUAAUGGAUUGAGCAAUAUUCAUCUGUCAACAGCCCAAUCUGCUUCUACUACUAAUGUGAAGAACCGCACACACGUGUCUGCAUGUGUUUACAGUGAAGGCCUUUCUAGACAGAUGCUUAUCUGAACUUCGCUUGUGAGGAAAAUUACUGUAAACAUCCCCAUCUAGUGGACAGCAGUGAUAAUCUGAGUUUAAAACAGAGAUAAUAAAUAAAUCAAUGUAGUACCACAAAUCUCUCAUUUUACUUAUGUUUUUGUCCUAAUUUUGACACUGUGGAGUUUUUUUGUAUGCAAACCAGUGUGUGAUAUAUGGAGUGAUUUGUGAAAGCUGAGAAGAGCACAGACACUCCCUCUUUUAGGUUUCAGUUCCUCCUUUCAGUUAGGUUUCAUGCCUAAUUUCAGCAUUUGCCAAGGAGACAUUUAAGCUUUACACAAGGACUUGUCUAGUAGACAUUAUAUACAUAUAGUAUAACAAUUGUAAUUUUGUGAAAUGUGGGUUUAUAUGAGUCAUUUUAUGUAGAUGUAGUAACUGCAGCAGGGGACUCUUGGGGCCUACAGAAUGAGGGAAGCAGUCACCAUGGGCAUGAGCCAACAUUUCUACACACAGAGUGCAGCUCCGGUCACUCAAGUCACUGUCUGGUGAAUUGAGCAUGGAUUCUUCAGAGGCCCGUCUACUAGACCUGAGGACUGGUGAUGAAAGAGGAACCAGCACCACUCAUCCUAAAGAGUCUGAGCAUCAUCAAGAAACAUCAGUUGAUACUGGUCUGGAGGCAUCUCCAGGCUUCAGUGCCUCCUGUCUGACCACAGCGGAGCUUCAGCAGCACUGGAGGGCCGUGAAACAGGAGAUCAGAUGUAUUAAACUGCUGUUUGAGAUCCCCUCUACACGCACCAUCGAGCAAGCCACCUCUAGAUAUGUGGUGUACAAAAUAGUGGUGAUCAGAUCAGGCAGUUAUGACGGUGAGCGGGUGGCCAUUGAACGUCGCUACUCAGACUUCCUCCAUCUCCACCAUCAGCUGCUUCAGGACUUCAGCGAGGAACUAGAAGACAUCUCCCUUCCCAGGAAGAAACUGGUGGGAAACUUCUCAGAGGAGAACAUUGCUGAGAGACGUGUGGCCCUGUGUGAUUACCUGACCCAGCUCUACUCCCUGCGCUAUAUCCGCCGCUCACCUGCUUUCAUAGCAUUCUUCACCCACUCUGAGCUGAAGGCUGCCCAUGAUCUGCUCCGGGGAGGUCGCUUCUCCCAAGCCCUUGAGAUCCUACAGAGCGCUUUAGUGCUCCAAGAAAAGCUGUCCACCCAUGAUGCCACUCUGCUGGUGCCUACCCUGUGUGCACUGGUGGUAUGCCAGAGGGACCUGCAGGAUUUUCAUGCUGCUUUUAAGACUGGCCACAGGGCACUGCCAGCAGUGAGACGCUACGGCCUAAGCAAGUAUCGAGCCCCUCUGCUGGAAGCCAUGGUGGAUCUUGGGUAUAAGAUGGAGCAACCCGUGGCCCAGCUACAAGCAGAACUUAUUAAAGUUCAAAACUCACCACGUGAACAAAUAUCACUAGUGUCACUAAAAGAGCUUGUGGUGCAAGAGUUUACAUGAUUCCAAAGAUUUAUAAUGGAAAAAAAUGCUAUUGAUACUGACUUUCACUUUGUAUAUUUUUGUGUUUUUCUUGAGAUACAAAAUCUACAGAAUAUGAAGUUUGGGGGAGCCAGAAAAGAUUAAAAGGUUUUUAUCAUUAUUAAUUAGUUAUUAAUUAUUCAAAGCAACAAGGGAUCAUUGCUCAAAUCAACUGCUCAUACCACACAAAUAGAUUUUUUGAUGUUUCUGCAUAUAGCAGUUAUUUAUCACUCAUAGUCUCUUAUUUUCUGAUCAAAGAUUUAUUUUAUUUUUAUAGUGUGCUUAUGACUUUUAUACUUUGUUAUAUAUUGUUAUUUAUAUAAAUACAAGGUCAGAGUCAACAAGGUUAUAGACUAAACUUGGAUAUAAUCAUAAAAUCACUUGCUAUUGAUAAAAAACAGAUUUUUUUUUUUUUACUUUAAGUUAAGUUAAAGUUUAAUUGGUAGCGCCAUGCUCAAUUAUGUACAUGUACAUUUCAGGUAUCAAAAAGAUGGAAAGAUUUGGGAAUUUUCCAUACUGUCUGACGGCCAGUCCAAGACGGUUGACCAUCAAACAGUAUGUUUUUGGCUUAAUAAACAGCUAGUCUUCAAAGCAUGAUCAACUUAAAAAAGCUAGAACAUCAGUAUAACCAAGUGUGAACAGCUUAGACUUGUGUGACCAGCAAGAACAAAAUCAAAGGCGGCAUACACUGGUCAAGAGCUGGGUAACACACAGACAUACAUACAUACAUACAUACAUACAUACAUACAUAGAGUACCAUUCAAAAGUGUGGAUACACAUUCGUAUUAAUAUUUGUUGUUUAUUUGUAUUAUUUACUACAUUGUAGAUUCAUAUUAAAGCAUAAAAACUAUGAUAAAAAUAUGAGGGAAGCCAUAUGUAGUUAGGUAGUAGACAAAAAAGUGUUUGGCCCAACACACCCAAAAAAUCAAAAGGUGCUGCUUUGAUUAAGUAUAAAAUAUAUUUUGUCAUGUUUAACAAUUUUCUUGAUGGGGUAUGUGUUUCUUUAAUCUUUGAAGUCUUCAAAAUAAAUCUAUAAUGUAGAAAAUAAUACUUUUGACUUGUUUUUUAUUCAAUUUUCACC